UUCACUGUAGUUAAAGUAGUUAAUAUUUGCCAGAUUAGCUUGAGGCAUUUCGAUGUAGCGUGGUGAUAACAGUGGCACAGCAUGCUUACACAGAUGAAAUAAGACAUACUCAUGUCCAAUGCUUUUCACAGAAACACACCAUCAGCACGGUUACUCUUCAACCUGCAAAAUCUUAUUUUACUAAUGCCUUCUACACAUUAUGUUGUAAUAGUGCAGGAAGUGAUUCAUUUUAGACAUACAAAUGUAGUUCUACUUCAAAGUGCUUUAUCACUUUUCUGUUUCAACUUUACGUACAGCAAGUGGGUAAAACUUCAACAGCAUGUAGCUGUAUGAAUUAGCCCCAUGGGCUCUGCCCACUGUGGUAGCAGAUCUAUUUGUCAGCAGAAUUUCUUCUCACAGCCUACUCUUAUCAGAAGACAGAUGCAAUUACUAAGCUAAAAUGCAGCGGUCGCAGGCGAAUGAAGAAGUUGAGCUGAAACUGCGAACACUUCAUCCCGGCACUUAGCAGCAAAACUCAGUCAAGAGAGGAGGAAGCAGGUGAAAUUAAAAAAAAAAAAAAACCAAACAAAAAACCCACUUGGUCAUGGGGAAAUCAGCUUCCAAACAAUUUGCUGAAGAAGUCUUGAAAGUACACAAUGACUACAGGAAGAAACAUGGAGUCCCGCCAUUAAAACUCUGCAAGAAGUUAAACAGAGGAGCCCAACAGUAUGCAGAAGAACUGGCUACCACGAGGGUCCUCAAGCACAGCUCCGAGUCUGCUAAUGGGAAUUGUGGAGAAAACCUAGCCUGGGCAUCCUAUGACCAAUCAGGAAAAGAUGUGGCUGAUAGAUGGUACAGUGAAAUAAAAAAUUACAGCUUUCAAAACCCAGGGUUUUCUUCUAGGACAGGUCACUUUACAGCAAUGGUUUGGAAGAACACAAAAAAGAUGGGCGUUGGAAAGGCAUCUGCUAGUGAUGGCUCAACGUUUGUGGUGGCUAGAUAUGAUCCAGCUGGAAAUGUAGUAAAUCCGGGCUAUUAUGAAGAAAAUGUUCUUCCUCCAAGAAAAUAACUUAAUUUUUUUUUAAGGUAGUCUUAUUGCAUAAUGACAAGUGAACAUGGAUUUGGACCUAACAGUGUUGAAAUGAAGCCCAAUAGAAUGAAAUCUCCUGUUUGAUACUGCUGUUCACGUCUCUGUGUGGAGGAAGCAAUUACAUGUUGCUUGAGUCAAUCUGAACAUCAGGCCCCUGCUGUUUCUGAAUUUAUAUGAGGAUGAACUAUAAGCAGCAUUUCUGAAAGAUAAAAUGGGUAAGAUUUUUUUUUAAUUGUUUGCAUGAACUCUGUAUCAGCAUGUAAGUAAGCACAUGUUGGAUAUCUAUUUUUUUUUUUAACAAACAAAUGUAUAGCUUCCUGUAAACUGAAGAUACCAGCUUAUAAUUAUAUUAUGUACUCCCAGCUGUCCAAUAUUUUUUAAUAACUGUACCUUCAUUGCUGUGUCUUUACCUCCUGCUAUUGUGGGACCUACUCUCUGCAGAUGGAACACAUGCAAAACUUCCUGCAUGAAAGGUACAUGUGUAAAAUGUAGUAGAAUUCAGACCUGUGUGUUUUUAUUAAGAGGAUCUAGCAGAACACUAAAAGGCUGCUGGCAAAACUGUGGCCAUCAAGCAAGCUGUAACUAAGGCAUGAUCUAAGACAACCACUAAACUUUUUAAAUCCCAUUUUAGAUGCUGAUAUAUAAAAUAUGUUUGAGAUGAGUAUGUUUUAAGUUCAAAGUGCAUCCUACAGUUUACAGUAGGUACCUUGUAUUAUAAUAAAAUUGUUUAUUUCCAUUGCAUAAAAAUAAGAUUCUACUUUUUUGAUAGUUAUGCACAAAAAGUUUCUUUGAUGGUGUACUUUGGAUUUUAUUUCUCAGUAACUUAUUUUUAAGGAGUAUCUCUUAAGGGUGUCAUGCUAUACAGGCACUAACAUUCCCAAAUCAUCUCAUAUCCUUUAUUAAUGUAACAGUAGGGGUGUUCACAUUGUCAUAAUUGAGAUGUUUGCUCUUUAUUCAUAUUAUUCAAUAAUAGUACUAUUUCAUGUGCUGGAUUGAUGCCUUGAAAAAAAUGAAGAUUUAAUUUCCUUAAGAACAAGCCAAGCAAAAAUUCUGAGGACACUCUUUUGCCUGAUUAAAUGUGGAUUGGGCCAUUUUGGCCAGGUUCAAAUACUCUAAUUCAAUUUGGGGCUUUGUUUUCUUUGUAAAAGUUUCACUUGACUUUUGCUGGGAUUCUGUAUGCCAUAAUCUGGUUCAUGGUCAGUGCCAUUACAGAAACACUUCUUUUUGUUUACACAGUUGUAAUAAACUGCACUCUUAUGGCUUGAGUAUAUGUCACUGUGAUGCUGUUUGUUACAUUUUUUUUGCUGUAACCAAGAAUUUGACACAUAUCAUGAACAACUGAAAAAUAAAUAUUUUUGAAUAUGAACUA